AUGCUCACGGGGAAUGCGACAGGCAUGCUGGGGGAGGAUGGCAUACACGUGGAUAUGAACCACCUCAAAUCUGGCGAGGUCAACCUGGGAACGUCGAUUAUGGCCAUCAACUUCAAGGACGGUGUGAUAUUAGGAGCCGAUAGCCGAACUACCACAGGCGCAUACAUUGCCAACCGAGUCACAGACAAGCUCACACAAGUACAUGACACAAUAUGGUGCUGUCGAUCAGGCUCGGCUGCAGACACUCAAGCAGUGGCGGAUAUCGUGCAAUACCACCUGGCUAUGUAUGGCAUCACAAACGAGGGAGGACCUACUACACAGACAGCUGCGGCUCUGUUCCAAGAGCUGUGCUACGAGAACAAGGAUCAGCUCAGCGCCGGCAUGAUCAUUGCAGGAUGGGACAAACGCCACGGCGGUUCCGUCUACUCGAUACCUCUCGGCGGCUCCCUACACAAACAGAAGUAUGCCAUCGGUGGCUCGGGCUCAACAUACAUCUACGGCUACUGUGAUGCGCACUGGCAGGAGAACAUGACCGAGGAGGAAGGCAUCAAGUUCGUGAAGGGCUCUCUUGCAGAGGCAAUCAAAUGGGACGGCAGUUCAGGUGGUGUCAUUCGAAUGGUGGUGUUGACGAACAGAGGUGCUGUGAGACAUCUCUAUCUCCCAGACACAGGCUACUCGGGGCCCGGUGUACAAUGA